AUGUGUUGUGUCGGGGAGAAGUAUGGCCCUCUGCUCAUGGAUCGCAGGGCGCUCUUGCAGGUGCUCCGUCACCCAGCACGAGACCGUGUCGACGCUCAUUCUGUGCAGUGUGUCUGGCUCAGUGACGUGUGGGCUCCAUCUGCACUGCACAACACACUUGGGGUGAUGCUUCGGUCUGUCGAGGCGUCGGUCCAGGGCCACCUCUCUGAGAGGCGUCGUCUGAGGCACCAAGAGCGAUUAGGACUGGCUCACCGAAGUCGGCUUGCUCGGCAGACGACACCUGUCUACUCGAGGGUGUCAGGCACUGCCAACUGCUGUGGCAGACACCCGGCAGGUGGCCCAGGCCACUACUCUCCGGUGCGGGCAGGAUCAGUCCACCUCUGCCAGCCAAGCACCCCAACUCCUAUUUCUUGUCGAGGGAUUUACAUGGGUCACGUGUGGGUCCAUCUCGACCAGCGGGCAAUGAUCCUGGUGAGCGUCAGCUUAGCGUGUGAGAGGCUGAUCCCACCACCAGCCUCGGACGCUCAUCUGCAUUCGUUACCACCCUGGAGGAGGAGGCACAAUCCUCCCCGUCGGAGCUGGACGACAUCUGACCUUCUGAUUUCGGAUUCUGGAUCUCGGCCGGUGCAUGGGGGGAGUGGCUUGUCCGGGGCGGCGGUGGCUCGCAUGGAGGACCUGGUCAGGUAG